AUGAAGUACCUUCUCGACCCUUUGAAGGUGAAGAGGCAGCUCGAACAACAGGGUUACUUUAUCCCUGUGUUCGAGUUCGCCGAGACACUCCACAACAUUGCCUUCGCAGCAAUGGGCAAGGAUCUUCCAUCCGAUGAGGUAUUGAGGCACAGCCAGAAGGCUCUGGAUUUGAUAAGCCAAGUUGAUGGUCAUACCAACGACCACACCCGCUUUCUCUUUUGCCGCGGCCUGGCUUUGUAUUUUGCGCACCGGAAUGCAGAAGCCCUCGCAGUUUUUGAGGGAGUGUACCAAACAUGUACCGGUACAUUCGGCGCCCUAAGCUCCCAGGCCCGAGAUGCUGGUUACGCAGUUGGGUUCUUACUAUACACCAUGGGUAGGCCUUCGGAGGCUCAGGCUUUUGUCGAAGGGUGUUUGAUUAGAGGUAAGGAGCAAGCCGGGCUACUUUGGCCCAAAGAAUGCCGCACGAGAGCUAAAUACCUUUAUUCCCUCAUCCUUCUCGCUCUCGGCAAUAUUGGGAGCGGGGAUAGGCUACGGGAUGAGGCCAUUCGGGAGCUGAAAGGCCACUUGGUAGCUGCUUUUCCAGGUACUCUACCUACGGAGCUGAAUGCCGCCCUUUCCUUCACCGACGAUCUGGUCGGCUUUGAAGUCUUUGGGUCUGUGGUUCCUUUCUUUGCUGGGAGGUUUGAUGUGUAUCACUAG